AUGGAGAGGGAGUCGGGCAUCACUGGUCUGGUGGUGGACUGCACCGGAUACCCGGAUGUCGCCGACUUCAUUACGGUGCGGGUCCGGGCGCUGAACGGUUUCAUCGUCGGGGAGGAUUCCCUGGGCAUCCGCCUGAGCCAACCUGCUGGUGCCCGGCACUUCGGGGAGGCGACGCCGGCCACGGACGUGGGGGACGACAGCCAGGAUUGGGCAGUCUUCAAUGGCGACUGCGAGACGGCGGAAGGCUCAGGACGAGUGGUUGGGGGGUGA